GCUACCAUCAAGACAUGUACGUAUAUAGAUCUACAUGUUUUAUCUUUAGUAUUGAAAAAAGAAUCUACUGGUGUACACUUCGCUUACCAAUACAAGGAAACACUGUCAACUCUGUAGUGCCACAGAUAAUCAUCACUGCCCCCAGUCAUCGUGUGUCACUGAAGAGAUGAAGCUGCUGGUACUACUAACAGCCUGUGUGCUUUGUUAUGGUCAGCAGCCGGUAAUAGAGCCGGUGUUGGUAGUAGGUCGUGCUGGAGAGAUAGUCACUAUCACGUGUAUUGUGGGAGACAGUGAGCCUAACUCCAUUAUUAUACUCACGGACAACUCUCAGCAGCUGAUGACGAACACUCAAGACUUGCAAACUGACCGUGUGGUGUACACGUAUGGUCCAUUAGUGCCAGGGGACGAAGGUCGUAUGGUCAUCUGUCAGUACGGUGUUGAACAAGCAUCUGGAAGUAUCUCUGUGCUGUUCCCUCCACAGUAUUCAGUGGUUGACAUCACUCACGAUGUUAUGGAGGGCAGUGGGUACAGAGUGACCCUGGGUGUUGCAGCCAACCCCAUACCUACUAACCAGGAGACAACAGUGACCUUCAAUGGUGGUCCUCUGGGGGAUCGCGUUACUGUCACUUUCAACACCCUCGAGUUCACUAACAUCAAUAGAGUCCAAAGUGGUGUCUACGCUGUCAGCUCCACCACCAGCGCUGGGACUAGCACUCCGGAUAACUUUAAUAUCAUCAUCAAUGUGUUGUACCCACCUAUGUUCACUGCUGAACCGAGCACUGGUAUAACAUGCACUGGGACCACCUCCCCCUACACCUGUGUGUUGUUAGAGGGGGCGGGGGGAACUCUGAACUGUGCUACCAUGGGAAAUCCCCAACCCACCCUCACAAUCAACUCACCUGUGUCUGAACAAAUCUCUGCGAACAAUAUCACAGGAUUGGUAACAUUUAGCUCUGCCACUAGUGGAGGGAAUGGAGCCAUGGUGGACUGUACUGCCACUAAUGGAGAUGUCACUGUGUCAAGAUCAUUCACCGUCUAUGUUGGCAGAGGUCCUGCUCAACCUACUAACGUCACGGCAACCAUCUCUGGUAGCAUCCUAAUCGUCUCGUGGACCUACUCUGACCCUGACAACGUUAACAUCCCUCUUGUUCAAUUCUCAUACAUUAUAGCAGCUACUGGUGGUUCAACUGUUGUCAGGAAUGGCACUGCUGGGCCUAGUGAGAGAAGCUUCACAGUGGAUUUGUCAGAACUUGAGGAAAACACUCAAUAUAACGUUGAAUUGAGAGCAGAAAAUCUGUUGGGGAGUACUCCGGCUGUCAGUCAGUUUACCACCGUAACUGAUAUGAAAAUGCUAGACGAUUUAUUGAGUAUGGAGUCUAUUAUUGGACUGGUUAUUGGGAUUCCCGCUAUCAUCAUCGUAAUAACUCUGGUUGUAAUAUUGCUCGUUUUAUUGCUCGUGAAGUCAAGGAAGAAAGGCGCCUACACUACAGACCCUGUCAUCUAUGACACUGUAGAAGACAACAGCUCCCCAGGUCCUGUUGUGAUAUCUGUAAAUGCAGCAUAUGGUCUAGCUGAAGAGAACACAGGCGCCUACACUACAGACCCUGCCAUCUCCAACAACCCAGCGUAUGGUCUAACCAAAGAGAAGACGUCAAGCGCAAAUGAAGAGUAUAUAUAUGAAAUUGUAAUUUAGAUCUACAAGAAUACUUUAGAAAAACUAUUUUCCAAUAGCUGUUCUUAUGUAGCUAACUUCAUUGUUAACUGCAUGUUCAGUAAUUACUAUACAUAAGUUUUUUCAGCCAGUUAUUUAAUGUUAAUCUUGAACACUAUACCUAUAUGCAAAGUAUUCCUACUCUUGUGUAAAAUUAGUAUGAAUGAUCAUAU